AUGGCAAUGAUCGGAAGCAGUUGUUUGACAUCUCGCCUCCUCUUCCUUUUCCACCUUCUCCUCGUCGGAGCCUCGGCCUUUGCCGACGACGACUUCACCUUCGUGGUGCCGAUGUACUCCCACGAAUUCAGGCUCGGCACUUCCAACGCCACGGUGGUAGAGUCGGUAAAUCUCUACCCGAACUCCACCCUGCCGGGCUUCGGCAACAUUGUCGUCCUCGACAACUCUCUCCGCGUCGGCGACGACCCCAACUCCACCGUCAUAGGCAGGUUCCAAGGGGUCCUUGUCUUCGCUGACAUGUCGAUAAACUCAUCGCUUUCGGCGGGGAACCUGGUGUUCACCGGCGGUGAGUACAAUGGGAGCUCGAUUGCGUUCUUCGGGGUUUUCCAGUCGUUUGCGGGAUCGGUGAGAAGCAUCAUCGGCGGCACGGGGAGGUUCGGGUUGGCGACGGGGUACCUGGUGAAUGAACCCAUCGUCUACACCUCGCCCACCACGCUCUACUCACUCUGGACUGCCUACGUCAAGCUUCCUCCCCGAUAA